AUGAGGAUGAGGCCAUCUUCAUUAAAACAAGCAUUGGGACAAAGUCUUAGAGCCAAUUAUCCCUGGCACAAGAGGCUCUUUAGUGCCGGUCUUGUUAAAUUCAUCUUUGUAGUUGUUGUGGUGAUAAACUUAUUUUUCAUAAUAUCAUUUACAUUUGAUGUUCAAAAGAUAAAGAAACAAAAGUCAUAUUUGUUGAAUAUCAAACUCCCCAAUUUAUCUUCAGAAGAAGAAGAAGUAAAAGAAACGGGUCUGGAUACGUUUGAUGUGAAAAACGCUUCUUCCCAUAAUGGUGCAGUGAAAGGAGGUGCUUUUUCUUCUUACGAAGGUAAACCAGCAAUAAUUGAAGUUGCAAAUGAUGACAUCAAGUUUCCUUUCAACAAGAACAACUUUAUUGCGAAUAAAUACAACAAUUUCCCAAAGGACACACCUUAUGCCAGUCUCAAUGCUAGUGAAAGAAUCAUGUACAAUCUUUAUCAAGUUAGUCAAGAUAAAGAAAAAUACUGGCUAGGACACACUGAAUUGACCGACUAUGAAAUAAAAGUGCAUAUUAAAGAUUUCUUAUACGAAAACUGGAUAGGUAAACCAGUUCUAUUUUAUGACCCAAGGUUUACACUAUCUAUAUAUCUUUCAGAAAUACGACAUCAGUUUUUGAGAAAAAACCGACAAAAUUCAACUCAUCAACAAACAGGGGUUAUUAGUGAGGAAGUGGUGGUGCCAUUUGCAUGGUCAGAUUGGGUCGAUCUAACAAUGUUGAACGAGGAACUAAUCAAACCGGAAAGUCAAAGGAAAAACUGUGAGUAUAUGAAAGCAACGCAUCAUAUUCCUACAAAGUACCCUGAUUAUUGUAUAAAUAAUAUUGAUAUUGGUAAACAAGAUAUUAUUGAAAUGAAACUACCACUGACAAAUCAUGUUCCUGGGUUUGCUGUAAGGAGGUCCCCAACAAAUAAAGCCUCUAAUGAAGUUAGAAUGUUAGAAGGUAAGUCUCACCUUUUGACAUACGCAUCUAACCCUUUGACAAUUAUAUUUCUCACGGAUGACGAGAAUGGUGGCGUUUAUGAGGUCAAGGUUGAUAGUAAGCAAAGGAUUGUUGAUGGAGAAUUGUUUGAUAAUUAUUUAAGAGAUAACAACAUCGAUAGGGAUGAAGCUGGAACUAUAACACUAAAUCCCGUCAAAGAGUUUGAUUUAUUGGCCAAGCAAGUUCAACCAAGUUUCUUGAAUUUAGAGGAAGACGAUAUUUACGGAAUGGUUGCAAAUACUAAGCAGCAGCAGCAGCAGCAGCAGCAGCAGUGGUCCGAUCCUACAAAGUCUCGUGAAGUACAUUUGCCUUUACUGGUGUUUGACUAUCAACAGGAUGAUAUUGACACACAGAUAAAACAUUUCGAAACUAGGUUAAAAAAAUUACAUGACUUGACUACCAACGAGUUAACCUUUAAUCUAGAAAUGAUUAACGAAAUAAGGCUAAGUAGAAAAGAAAAGUUAUAUUAUGACGGAUUGAAAUAUGCCAACAAGUACAGCUUAAAAAAGGAACCAACCCAUUUUCGAAUGGCUAGACUAAAUUUUGGCAAUAAAGAAAAUGACCACGAUGCAGGGUGGCACUAUGAAUGGAGGUUUUUCAAUGGUGGUUUGAAAUAUGUGAAAAAAGGAUGGAACGAGGAAGAAUUACAAAUUAGAGAAAAAGUCUUGCUCGAUAGAAUUUUGAGGAAUUGGUUCAAAUUUGCUAAUGCCAAAGGGAUUUUAUCGUGGAUUGCACAUGGACCGUUAUUAUCUUGGUAUUGGAAUGGGUUGCUAUUUCCAUUUGAUGAAGAUAUAGAUAUUCAAAUGCCCGCUACAGAGUUGGCUAGACUUUCAAGACUAUAUAAUCAGACUUUAGUGGUUGAGAAUAUUAAUGAAGGAUUUGGGAAAUACAUGAUUGAAUGUUCUUCCUUUAUUCAUCAUCGAGGCAAGUCGUAUAAAGAAAAUCAUAUCGACGCAAGGUUUAUUGAUAUUGAUACUGGAUCUUAUAUUGAUAUCACAGGCUUGGGUGUUAGUGAUGAACCCGUACCCGAAAGAUAUAGUGAGUUGAUACGUAAAAAUGAACUUGAGGGAAAACAAAGACAAAUUUAUAAUUGCCGCUUUCCACAUUUCUACUCACAUGAAGAAAUAUCACCAUUAAGGUAUACAAUGUUGCAAGGAGUUCCUGUUUAUAUACCCAAUAAAGUAGAAACUAUACUAAAACAAGAGUAUUCAAAGGGUUUAACAAACUAUGAAUUUGAAGGGUUUUUUUUCGUUGAUGCCUUGAACUUGUGGAUUCAUUAUAGUAAAUUGGAGUUUCUAUUCCCCGAUGAGUCAUUGUAUAAUUAUAACAAAGUAUUAAACGUGGAGAAAUUUACUGAAUUGAUAAAUGGGCUAAGUGAAGAAAAGAUUGUUGAGUUAUUGGAGAAGGAUAAGGAUAUUUUAUUAGAAUACUAUUUAACUAAGGAUGUAACAGACUUGCACAAGAAAGAAUUGUUUUUAUUGUUCAAUGCUGUUAAUGAUACAUCGUGUUUAAUCAGAGAUAUAGUGAAUAUGAAAACAAGUUUGGAAAUCAGUUCAAAUGAAGAAUACCAUAGGUUAACCUCACAAUUUCAAUUCAGGCCGCCACUUAGAAAGGCUUUAUUUAAUUAUGAGGCUAUUGAACAACCUCGACAUCAUUAG